GCAGCCUCACUCCUCCGUUGGUCAAUCUGUGACGUGGAUUUUCAUUGAGGCAGUCCGAGCUGCCAGAAACACACAAACUGCAGCGUUUCACCGCUUUUCUCUGCUUUUUCCCACCGCGUUUGAAAAUCGGACUCGUCGCCUUCAGCGGUUUUUCUUCUCAGCUUCCUGCGGAGACUUCAAGAUGAGUAAAAACAGCAAAGUGUUGAAUCUGAAGGAUAAAGUGAGCGGAAAUGAGGCGGACCUGAGCCUGAGUAACCUCACCGAGGUGCCCGUCAGAGAGCUGGCUAUGUUCCCUAAAGCUACAGUUUUGGACCUGUCUUGUAACAACAUCACCUCCCUUCCUCCAGAGUUCUGCAGCCUGACUCACCUGGUGAAGGUGGAUCUGAGUAAAAACCAGCUGACCUGCCUCCCAGACGACCUGGGGAACCUGGUCAACCUCCAACAUCUGGAUCUGUACAACAACAAGCUGACCGUCCUGCCCGCCAGCUUCUCUCACCUCCGGAAUCUGAAGUGGCUGGAUCUGAAGGACAACCCCCUGGAGCCCGGCCUGGCCAAGGCGGCGGGAGACUGUCUGGAUGAGAAGCAGUGUAAACAGUGCGCCGCUAAGGUGCUGCAGCACACCAGAGCCCUGCAGGAGGAGGUCGAUCGGGCCCGAGAGAAACGUCUGCUCAGAGAGAAAGAGCUGGAGAGGAAGCGGGAGGUGAAGCAGCGGGAGCGGGAGGCCCGGGAGAAGGAGGCUCGCAAACGGGAGAAGGCCGAGGAGAAGGAGAGGAGGAGGAAGGAGUACAACGCCCAGAUGGCCGCCCUGGCCGCCCAGGAGCAGCAGAAGAAGAAGCGCGAGGAGAAGAAGAGGAAGAACGGCCAGGCGGCAGCAGAGAAGAAGGCGGCGGUGGAAUCGGCGCCCAAACCGCGCCGCUCCGUCUGCGGCCUCCUCUUCAGGCUCCUCCUCCUCCUGCUGCUGCUGCUGGCCGCCGCCGCCGCCGCCUGCCGGCUGACCGACCUGCGGCGGGAGGCCGUCUGCGUCGCCGUGGACGACGGCCUCUCCUGGGUCCGAGUUCAGCAGGGCGAGGUCGGCCGGCUGCUGCUGAAGCUGUCGGCCGCCGCCGGAGAGCUGCUGGACGCCGCCAAGACGACGGAGAACGCCAACGUCUGACGUUCUCCUCGGAGUCCCGGGAUUUUUACAGAAAGUCUGCUGAGAUCCUGAAUUUCUCGGAAGCGCGGGACGGCUGCACGGAGGAGCUGGAAUCAUUAAAUUCCUAUGGAAUUGUUGUCGCUCUUUGUACUCGGCCUGUUUUUUAAGACGUGGUCCUCCGAGCUGCAGCCGCUGCUUCUGCCCCUCGAGCUCGUUGCAUCGAUUCAGUCUCCUAAUUCUUACAAGCGGACGAUGAUUUGAGCGAAUUGAUCACUACAACAUGUAAUUACUGCCGGUUUGGAGACGGCGCAAAAUCGCCAGGAUGCCAAAGACGCACGAGAUCGAUUAAAAACAGGACUCAGUCAGAGAGUUUAUUAUUGAGAUAUUUCAGUGAUCUUGAUUGUUUCCUGUUAUUUUAAUGCUCUUGCUCACCUGUCCGUCAGCAGUGGGAUUCAAACCAUCAACUUCUGGUUAGAAGUUCGUCCGUCUCUCAACUAACUCUCUGAAGUGACAUCUUUGAAUUUGAGACUAAAUAAAUCUAAGUAUUGAGGUGAAAUCCAACAUUUUCAUGGGUACACUUUGAAAUUUGCACGUUUCAGUUUUAGAAUCUUCAGUCAGAAUCUCUGUACGAUUUGAAUCGACCUGAAAAAUCCCACGUUUUGACCGUAAAGCCGAAGUUUUUUCAAAGCACUCUGCUGCGUUUCACACUUUCAGAUGCAUUUUUCCUGUUUAAGUAAAUUUCAUUAAGUUUUGAUUAACAAAGGGAAAUGAUCUUCUGCGGUAAAUACAGAUCGGCCUUCCAUCAAACGGUGAAAAUGUUCCUUCUUUCAGGAAGUCAUUGGUUGUGGAGGGUUUGUGGAGUUUAACGACACUGAAACAGGAUUAAUCAAAGCUUUAAUGAUUGGGCCCCAGCACACUUGACUCAUCUGCAGAUUAUUUUAACAGGAAAUCGUCCUUUGCUGCUCUGUUUUUGUUUUUUAUCUCUCUGCUGGAACAUCGUCGGCGUCAUUAAACAUCUCUGCACUGCA